ACAUUUUGGAUAAUUACGUCACUCGAAUGAUGAAAACCUUUCGAAAAAGUUUGUCUUUCACAUUUUUUCGGAAGUCAUAAAAAUUUCUGUAAUAACAAUUGAUUAAUAAAUUAAAAGAAAAGUAAAAUUCUAAAAUUCGUUUAGUACGGUCCAGCCUUAAGAUAAUUGGGCUAUUAGGAAUAUCUCAUAAUGUCACAUGACCACAAAAAAUAUCAUGUGGAUCAUGUGUAAUCACGUUGUCGCACAAUAUUUUUACAUUAACUCAAAACUCGAACUUUUAUAAUUUGUCUCGUGGUGUCGUGAUCAGUCGUGAUCGGCUUUUCAAUGUCUGGAAAAAAUAUUUAGUCAACAGCAGGUAAUUAAAUAUUUACAUUCGAAUAUGGGUUCUACAGACACAACAAUUAAUGUUAAAAAACAAUUGAAUCAUAACAACAAUGAAAUAUGUCAUGAAUACGGUCCAAAUUUGAAAAUCCUGCCGAGUAAUGAUCAAGUUAAAGAAUUACAAACAAUUUUACGUGAUAAAAACACUACAAGAAGUGAUUUUAAAUUUUAUGCUGAUCGAUUGAUCAGACUUGUUAUAGAAGAAAGCUUAAAUCAAUUGCCAUUCACGAAAAUUGUUAUUACUACACCGACUGGGGCUAGUUAUAAUGGUUUAAAAUAUCAAAAAGGAAAUUGUGGUGUGUCGAUAGUUAGAAGUGGUGAAGCUAUGGAGCAAGGUCUAAGAGAUUGUUGCCGAAGUAUAAGAAUUGGAAAAAUAUUAGUUGAAAGUGAUGUAGAUACUCAUGAAGCCAAGGUCGUUUAUGCUAAAUUUCCAGAUGAUAUUGCUGAUCGUAAAGUGUUAUUAAUGUAUCCAAUCAUGAGUACUGGAAAUACUGUGAUAAAAGCAAUAGCUGUUUUAAAAGAGCAUAAUGUAUUAGAAGAAAAUAUUAUUCUUUCGAAUUUAUUUUGUACACCACCUGCUGCCAAAACUCUAGUCAGUGUUUUUCCUAAGAUGAAGAUUUUAACAUCGGAAAUUCACAAUGUUGCACCAAAUCAUUUUGGACAGAAAUAUUUUGGUACAGACUGAAUUUAAUAAUCUGUAAUUUCAUUAUAUAUUUCAAAAAUCUAUAAUCAUUGGAAAACCUGGUCGUUAACUUUUUUUUGAAAGUAAAUCGAAUCUUGUAUAUCUGUAACGCACAUUUUUGUUGUUAUAUAUUCGAAAAUUAAUUUUUUUUUAUUAUAAACUGUUUAAAUCUAUCACAUUAUUAUUUUGAUUAUUUACAUAAUUAAAAAACUUUAUUAUGCAGGAUUUUUAUAGACUUAUUAGAAAUAAUUGUGAAAAAUAAAAAGCACGUUAAAAUCGAAUUAUUGUACAAUAUACACAAUACAUUUAGCGUGAUGAAAUAAAUUUAUAAUAAAAAUUAAAUUGCAACGAUGGCGUAUUUACAUCUCUGUCAUAAACAAACCUACUCAUGAUGAAAAAGUCCACUAUAAUAAAGUUACUAUCAAGAAUAAGCACUAAUGUUUAAAAUUUUCACCAUCUGUAAUUCAAAAUGGUUCAUAAGCUCCCAGUUAUCGAUGAUCACUAUUUAAAAUUUUAUGUUUAUUUUUGGCUGUGAUUUUAUUGUAGUAAACUUUUUUUUGAGAGUUUUAACCAUGGAAGAUAUUUUAUUGGAAAGGUAAUUUUUAGGUAAAACUGAAGCCGUAAAUUUUGAUUGAGUUGAAUUUUAAUUGUGGUAGGUUCGCUUAUGCCAGAGUUGUAAAUGCACUUCAACUUUUAUACGUUAAAUUAACGACUUUAGUAAACAUUAUAUUGAAUUAUAGUAAUUACCCUGUUUCAAAAAAUUCGAUAGAUUCUUAUAGCUGUAUGUACAAGCCCUAUUUUUAACUGUAGCAUUUGUCAUAGAACUCAUUCAUUCUUAUAAAAUCUCUAUGGGAAUUCAUGAGAAUUUAUUUGAUUGUAUGAGAUUUUCUAAAGAGGGUUAUUUAUGAAUUGUAUUAUUUUUAAAUUUAUUAAAACUUAUAAGCAAUGUCUUAAAACUCAAAAUAACACGGAUACCAAUAAUUUCGUAUGACAUGAAAACUAUUAAAUUAUAUAUUCAGUAACUACUUCAAUAACGGUUAAUUAAUCUCGUUUGAAUGUAGCAAGUUGUGUAAAAGCGUUUUUAUUUUCCAUGCAAACAAAUAAUAAUUCUGUGAGAUGAAAAUUUUUAUUUGAUAAACUAAGUCUCAUAGAUAGAAAAGAUUUCCAUCUUAUUUUAAUUCUCAACCCAAUUAUUGUCGUGAUUAAAAUUACUUUUUGAUUUUGAGUAUAUUAGAAAUUAUUUUUAUUAAUUUCAACUACUGAUAAAAUUUGAUUUAACAUAAAUAUUUAGUUUUCAACAAUCGAUUAUUAGUUUUAUCAUUUAUUAAUUUUUGUUUUUUCAUCACAUAAUCCACUCAAAAAAAAAAAACAACAGAUUUUCAUAGCUGUAUUUAUAAGCCCUUAAAACUUUUCGUACAACUCAUUUAUUUUCAUAAAAUCUAUGAUAGUUUAUGAGAAUUUAUCAGAUUUUAUGAAACCUCUUGAGCAGGGUAGUUUAACUUUAUUUUUUUUUAUAAAAUCUUAUUUUCUUAAUAAUUAAUUAAUUAAUUGUUAUAAUACCAACAGCCAGUUUUUCAAAAAUAUUAAACACAAUAUUGGCAAUAAUUAUUUUUUACAUAUAUAUUCUGUAUAUUAGCAUAUUUUUUGUUACCAUAAUCAUUGAUAAAUUAUAGCA